CUCGGUGCCCCCGCAGGGCGCGGGGCGGCUUGCGGGUUGGGCAGGAUGUCUGCGCUCUCCCUGUGGGGAAAAGCGAGGAAGCCUGGGGCAAUUGCCCAGGGACUGGGUGGGUGACUAGGAAUCCUGCCGAGCCAGACGACGGGUGAUUCCCGUCUACGAAACUAACUCUCUCUCUCUCGCUCUCUCGCUCUCUCGCUCUCUCGCUCUCUCUCUCCUGCGCCCUUGGUACUGGGGAUUGAAUUAAGGGCCCUCCACCACUGAGCUACACCCCCUGCCCUUUUUCUAUGUUAUUCCGAGACAGGCUGGCUAAUUUGCCCAGGAGGGCUUCUCCAGCACUGCUAGGAUUACAGGGCUGCACCACCGCACCCGGCCUGGAGGAUUGAACCCAGGGCCUUUGCACUGAACUACCGUCCUGGCCCUUUUUUGAGACAGGAGCUUGCUAGCUCACUAAAUCGCCCAGGCUGGGCCGGAAUUUGCAGGCCUUCUGCCCCAGCCUUCCAGACAGAUGGCGUUACAAGAGUGGCCACCGUGCCUAGCUUCCUGACCGAAAACCUUCUGUUUCGUGGGCGGGUGAUGGAACGCAGAGCCUCACGUGCGCGUACUAGGGAAGUGCCUGUCACUGAGCUACACCUCAGCCCCCUUCACCUUUGGUGUUUACCCCCUGAGGUGCGGACUGCAUCCAACUGACCCGGCCUCUCCCUGUACGCUUUCUGUGGGCCCAGCCCACAGUGCCUUUAAGGUUUCAAAAUCAGCAGACUGCUGACACGGCUCGUCGUCCGGUCUUCCGUGGGGCUCUCCUUCCCAGAUUUUGUUGAACACAUAUCUACUGAGAAUGGGACAGACACAUGGCCUGCUGCUUUCUGCGUGGGGAGUGCGAUGUGGAUCCAGCUGCUGUACAGCGCCUGCUUCUGGUGGCUCUUCUGCUACGCGCUGGACGCCUAUCUGGUGAUCCGCAGAUCCACAGGACAGAGCACCAUGGUCCUCUACCACCUCAUGGCCUGGGGCCUGGCCACCCUGCUGAGCGCCGAGGGAGCCGCCAUGCUCUACUACCCCUCUGUGUCCAGGCGCCAGGGCACCCAGGAUGUGUGCAAGGCCCCCGGGUCGCCCCCCACCGCACCCCACCCCCGCCGUGUACCUCUGCACGCCAGAAUGGAGUUCUGCCCCACUCCGCAUGGCUGUGCCCGCCUCACGACGCUCUCAUUUCUAUUCAAGCUCUGGAUGAGCAGGUGUGAGAGGGGCCUGGACCACGCCAUCCCCUACUACGUCACCACGUACCUGCCGAUGCUGCUCGUCCUGGUGGCCAACCCCGUGCUGUUCCACAAGACAGUGGCUGCAGUGGCGUCCUUACUGAAAGGAAGAAAAGGCAUUUACACAGAGAACGAGCGGCGGAUAGGGGCCGUGACCCAGAGGCGGUUUUUCAAAGUCAUGCUGGUUUUAAUUGCUUGUUGGUUGCCCAAUAUCAUCAAUGAAAGCCUUUUAUUCUACCUUGAGAUGCAACCAGAUAUCAACGGAGAGUCUUUGAGACGCAUCAGAAACGCAGCCAAGACUACGUGGUUUAUUAUGGGCAUACUGAACCCAGCGCAAGGAUUUCUCUUGUCCCUGGCCUUCUAUGGCUGGACAGGUUGCUGCCUGGACUUUCAGUCCCCCAAGACGCUGAUCCACUGGGAAUCCAUGACCACCUCGGUUUCCGAGGGGGCCUGCCAGCCGCCCGAGAGCUCCUGUGUGCCCGGUGAGAGGCCGGCUUCCAGGAAGGUUCCGAUGCCAGCACCAUUGAAAUCCACACUACAAGUGGGUCCCGCAGCAGAAAUGCCCUGGAUGCUGUCCCCCAAGCCCAUGGGACCUGUGAAUGUGUGUAAUGGGCUCCAGACCCAUCUCCCUCAGACUCUUUCAUCUGAAUCUUUAGUGUCCUUGGCUUUCCAUCCCAGGCUGCCAAGGUCAGCAUUCGCCCGUGCCCCUCUGUCACCAUACUCCAGCUUCUUCCUGAUGCUCCUCCUUUCAGUGGCAGGAAGGACCAGGAGCAGGCCUGUGACAAUGAGAAUCCCUUCUCUGCCCCUCGCCGGCUUUUCUGAGGCUGGUGUAACAUUCAGGGCAAGAUCCAUGUCCUUGGAGAAGCAGUUAAAUAAAGUCACCAUCAUUGCUCUGGGUCGACUUGGAUUCUGUUCCUGUGGAACAAACACUCCCCUGGGAGGCAGGGAGGCCCAGCAUGGAGGAGCUGUGCCUCUCACUCCCUGCAGGGGGCACCACUCGGGUCCGUCGGCAUCUGCGCCCCCGCAGAAGCCAGCCCAGCUCGGGUCCCUGAGAUCGUCUGUUGUCUGUCUCUGUGCACCAGCUUCCAUAUAUAGCUUUUCUUUGUCAUUGUCUUUGCAGAAAUGUUGCAGUGUGCUUUGGGCCUUGGGCCACCCAGGUGUGUGUGUGGAAAAGUGAGGUGCACCUCCACCCUGUGACCACUCCCUCCCUUUUGUUCCCGGAAAGCUUUCCAGGAAGCUCUGGCUUGUCCUUUGGAGUCAAAAGCUGCAGGUGGAUUUGGGGGACACUUUGCGGCAGGCUGUCCCAGGGCCCUGGGUAGGAGCUGCCACCUCUUCUAGGGUGGAACAGACCAUGGGGAGAGGAGCCCAGGGCUCUGGGCAUGCCACAUCCCCCAGCCCUGUUUCAUUUUUGAGACAGGGUCUGACUAAAUUGCUCAGGCAAGAUUCAAGCCUGUGACCCUCCCGCCUCAUCCUCCCCUGUAACAGGACUACAGGUGUGCAUCGCCACAUGAGGCUGGCAACCAUUUCUAAGUGUGGUAGCAGUGCUCUUUCUGCCCCCAGCCUCAGAGGCCCCUCCUCUAGGAGGAUUCAUUCUGGAAGCAGGGACAAGCUGCUGCCGUUGCCAGCCUCCCUUGCAGCUAGAGCCAGGCAGGGGUUGGGCCAAGCCAGUCAGACAGGUCUGUCAAGCCGGAGUCAUGAGCUGGUGCCCAAGGGACCCAGCUGUGGUCCCCUCUGUAAAGGGUGCUGGCAGCCGACGGGUCUGCUCUGGGCAGUGGCCUGGAGUGGGCUUCGAGGGGUGGGUAUUGACCAGUGUCAGGGCAUGGGCAGCACUGCCUGCCCAUGGUCUUCAAGAACCGGCCCUGUAGCUGAUCUUGGCUGUGUCUGUCGGCGUGGCCUCUAAUCUGCUUCUCCAGGGUCUCAGAGCUACCUGAUGUCCCUCUGCAUUCUUUCUGGCUGCCGUUGCCUGUCAGGUUCUGAAGCUUGCAAAUAAGAACCCCAGUCUAUGUUCAGUUAAAACCAUUGCCUGCUUGGGGAUCAGGCCUCCAGCUGACGCUUGCGGCAUGGUGGCUUUGAUGCAUGCGGGCAGGGGUACGAGUGGACAGACACCUCCUCAUGGCCCAGCAGCAGACCAAGGCAUUGUGGACAGAAAGGGACGUCAGAGCUGUGAUGCUGGGGAAUCCAGGAAACGAGGAGGCAGUGCUCUGGCAAACACCGGUGAUAACGCCAGCCAGCCAGCCUGGGCUUUGAGCCAUUUUCCUGUGAGGCUGGAGGCUACAGGGGGAUGUCCGUGUAUUGUUCUGCUGUUCUUGCUUUACAGAUAGCAGAUCCUAAGCCGGGCAUGGUGCUGUACACCUGUAAUCCCUGUUCCCUGGGAGGCUGAGGCAGGAGGGUCGCC